GGAAAGAUGACAACGUUGUCAAAAGAAGAUGGGAGAACUGUUGAGCGAAAGAUGAAGCAGAGUCAGGGAGGAGAAGCAGCAACCUCCUUUAGCCACAGUCUGAGGAGAGAUACUGGUACAGUACAGGAGACCCUGUAUGCUCUUCACAAACUGUUUCUCAAGAAAAAGGAAGACGGCUCCCCAUUUCACAGGGAGGCUGCAGAGCUUCUAGAGCUGGCUCAAGAGCAAGCUGAAGUUGCUGAGGAUGACCUGGUCAGGACGUCCUUCCAUAAUGCAGAACUGCAGAUGCUGCUAACUGAUGAGAAGCUGUGAGUCUUUCAGAGUCUUCAUCGUGUAUUUGGUUCUGUUUCUACUGUUGAAGUGCUUAGGCCAGGAACUGGCCCCUUGCUCCUCUCCAUCUGUGUAUACAAGUUUAAAAUCGUAGUUUGCGAGGAUUUGAAGUUCCUGACAGGGUCAUUUUGAUGGUAGGGAAACAUACAUUGAACGUUACAGCACAAGUCUUUGCGAAUUGACCAACAUUCCGGAGAUCAAUUAUAUCAAUCAUUUUCGGUAGAUUUGACUUUGUCAGGGUCAGUUGACCUUUGUUUGAGACAAUUUAGACAAUGUUACUUGGCGAGAAAGAUUAGUGGGUACUGAAAGCAUAACUUAUUGCUUGUAACUUAUUGCUUGGUAAUUGGUCAGCAUUUUCUCUAUAGUGGCCACCUGUCUA